GCAAAAGAAAAAGAUAUCGUGUCUUGAAAAAUUAAAUGGCAAAAAUUGUUUCAUAAUUAAACGCAGCCCACAGGCUGUUACAACUUCAAAACGUGAAUUGUAAUCACACCAACAAAGCAAUUAUUCAAUUCAUCUGCGCACUUUGUAAUAUCGAACUGAUCACAAUAAGUAUAUUAAACAGGCUAUAAUACCAGCUCACAAUAUUUGAAGCGUACAGCAUUGUUGCCAACACAAUCCACAAUAAGGAAUAUAUUUAUCAUGCACCCCGAGGGAAAGAUGGAAAUUUCGGCAAUGAACACGAAUAAUUUGUCAACGGCCCAAGAUAGGCAAAUGAUACCUCCACAGCAAAGUAAUGCUAUCGAUAUAUUGGAGCAGUUCAUGAAGUAUCAGCUUCAUAUGCAAAACAGUAUUGACUCUAGAACCGCUUCAACCCUUGAAUCGCUCGACAAUAUUAAUGGUCGGAUCAUGUACAAUAAUCAUCUAUUCCAAGGACAUCAUAUGCAGAGUAAUCAGUUCCCCAGCCUAAAUCAUCAGCUGAACUUGAAUCCAUCAAGUGUCUGGAAUGGCAAUAUAGAUCGUGCUGCAUCAGCACCGAUGCUUUCUCUCACCGAAAUAGACAACCUGAGAUUUCGAUCGAAUUCAACAAACCCAUCACCACCCAAGACUCAGAGGUGUAUAGGAAAGACGCCUAGUGUUGGAAACCUAAGCGUUAACGAUCUUCGGUCUAACAGCAUAACAGAUAGGACUAGGAAGGCGGGAAAGUCAACUCGACACAGACGUAAGUCUAGCGAGUUAUUACGCAGAUUUCAGUGUCCCCACAAAGAUUGCAAACACAGAUACGAGGCACGCAGAUCGGUUGUACAGCACAUAAAGGCAAAGCACAAUAGUAUAGGUAUUGAGUGGUCGCCCAUUGUGCUCGAAGUCGGUGAAGCCUUGGGCCAAAAUAAUGGAUAUAUGCGGUCUUCUUCCGAUGUUGGUGGUAUAUUUGUUUGGGAAAAUCAUUCAGCCGAUGAUUUUCGAUCGGCAGGUAGCUCUCCAGCGAUCAGACCACACCCCGCUUCACAACACUCAUCCACGUUACGAAACUCGAAUCACAGUUCAAGAGCAAAGUCUCACUCCAUGGGCUCGCACGACGCUCCCAGACGAUAUAUGCGAAACGAUCCUAUUGGGAAUUUUGACAAUACCAAUUUACCAGCGUCCUUUCUAGCACCAUCUAGGGUGCAGAAAAUAGAACAGAACACUAUCUCAUCUCCAGAUCCAAUUUUUGAAAUGUCAAUGGAUGCCCAUGACAGUUUCUUAAGCAUCCUGAUGAAGUAAAGUCGGCAGUAGAAACCGAUAGAAUCUAACGGUGGCAAAAGAAUAAAUGUUUGCACGGUGUGAAAUUCACAAUACUCCUGCGAUUUUGUGUAUGGAUACUAUGCAUUCUUCAUUAAAAUUGAAC